AGCAACAAGAAUGUCUGACAAGGCAAAGGGAAGUGGUGAAAUACCGACUAAAGAAAUUGGCUGCCCGGCAAUCAGAAAUAACAAAAAAGUCAUCUGUCAUGAGAGAGAACAUCAUAAAGAAGUAUGAGCAGAUUCAAAGGGUCCUGGAGGAGGACCUGAGGAUAACUCUGGUCUACCUCGAAAUGGAGGAAAGGGCUGCUAUCUCAGCACUGGAUGGGCUCAUGGAGAAGAACUGCUCCCUCGUCCAGGAGAUAGAGCAGGACUUGGCCAGACUCACAGUGCAGCUGGCCCAAAAGGACGUGCAGCCCAAUAUAACGGAGGACACAGACAUAGCAGCCAGGGUGAAGGAUCUGCUUAAAAGGUCAGACCCAAGUAGCGUGAACCUGGAUGAGGCCAAAGCCGACCAGAUCCUAAGCCUCUCUAACAAUUUGCUCCUGCUUAUCCGCUCCCAGACCCCCAUCACCAAGAAACUGAUCAAGAGCUAUUCCAGUGAGGUGUUUCUGGAUCCAGAGACAGCCCAUCCCAAGCUGAUCAUCUCCCCACAGGGUGACAGCGCCACCUACACAAACACCUGGCAGGAGCUACCCGACCUGCCUGGACGCUUUGACACCACCCUCAAUGUCAUCAGCCAGCAAAGCUUCAGCUUCGGUCGGCAUUACUGGGAAAUCGACGUGACUGGGAAGACCUACUGGGAGCUGGGUCUCACCUAUCCCACCAUCCCCCGUAAGGGCAACACCGAGGACUGCUGGCUGGGCCGAGGGAACGAGUCCUGGUGUGUGGAGUUCUUUGAUGGGGAGUACACAGCCUGGCAUGGUGGGGUGCCCCAUCAGCUGCCUGUCACAAAACGUUUUGGUCGAAUUGGGGUUUUGUGUAGUUUCCCUGCGGGGUUGGUAACAUUCCUUGGGGCAGACAACAUGACACCGCUGUUCUCAUUUUGUGUAGGCACCUUCACAGACUGUGUCCACCUAGCUGUGUGCCCAGGCCAUGACCACAACGGCACCAACGCCAAACCCAUCGUGAUCCAUAACACCGCCUCAGCUACCUUUGCUCUGGAGUAGGCUUCACAGGAACCCCAUAUGCUGAUAUUGUUAACCUCACAUUAUUCAUUUGAAAUGAAACGAAGCUUUCAUCAAACAAUGAAAUGUAUUUCAAAUGUCUAAAAACUACAACAACAAAAAAACAGGCCCAGGGUGCUUCUUUUUUGGAUAUGGGUAUCUUAUCUUUCUUUGUAAUGGAUUCUCAUAUUCUCAUCUUUUUAGAAUGACAAGAAAAGUUCAAUUUUUAUCUGAUGCUAUCAAAACUAACAGAUUUAGAUAAACAUAUGUAUGAUGUAAUUUAGGAUUUCCAUUUUGGUCUUGCCAAGCGCACACAACACUGUUUA